UAAUCCUUGUCCUCACCCCUGUAUUGAAAAGCAUCGAGUAUUGAUUUAAGAUUUUCAGUCAGCACAGAGUUUAGAAAUGGAGAAGUUAAACAAAGAACAUAAACCUCAUUGUUUAAUCUUGCCAUAUCCACUCCAAGGUCACAUAAAUCCUAUGCUUCAGUUCUCUAAGCGUUUAGCCCAUAAAGGUAUUAGAACAACAUUGGUUACAACAAAAUACUUGUACAAGGUCCUUCAAGAAAGUUUAGGAUCCAUUCCUGUGGAGACAAUCUCUGAUGGCUAUGACAAUGGAGGGGUUGUUGAGGCUGGAAGCACAGAAGCAUGCAUAGAAAAAUUUCGAGAAGUUGGCCCGAAGACUUUGACAGAAUUGAUUGAAAAGCUCAACAACUCUUCUGAUACUGCUGUUGAUUGUAUAAUUUAUGAUCCAUUUUUUCCAUGGGAUCUUGAUGUAUCCAAGAAAUUUGGACUAGUUGGUGCUGCAUUCUUGACUCAGUCUUGUGCUGUGGAUCUGAUUUUCUACUAUGUCUACAAAGGGGAGAUUAAACUUCCUAUUACUGAAAAUGAAAUUAAGGUUCUUGGAUUGCCAGUGCUGGAAUCUUCAGACAUGCCUUCUUUUAUUUAUGAUUAUGGAUCAUAUGCAACAGCUUUUGAAGUAGUUUUAAAUCAGUUCCAAAAUGUGGAGAAAGCAGACUGGGUUCUUGUCAAUACUUUUAACAAGUUGGAACAAGAGGUGAUUGAUUGGAUGGAAAACUUUUGGCGUGUUAAGGCAAUUGGACCAACCAUACCAUCAAUGUAUUUAGACAAGAGGCUUUUAAAUGAUAAAGAAUAUGGUUUUAGUAUCUUAAAACCAGAUACUGAUGCCUGCAAGAAAUGGCUGGAUGAACGUCAAAAUCAUUCAGUUAUUUACGUGUCGUUUGGAAGUUUGGUUCGAUUAGAAGUAGAGCAAAUGGAAGAAUUGGCAAAUGGCUUAAUAAUGAGCAAUAAGUGUUUCCUAUGGGUGGUUAGAGAAUCAGAAGAGUCCAAACUUCCCAAAAAUUUUGCAAAUGAGACUUCGAAAAAAGGACUAAUAGUUUCAUGGUGCCCUCAGUUGGAGGUUCUGGCACAUGAUUCAGUAGGGUGUUUCAUCACACAUUGUGGUUGGAAUUCAACUCUAGAGGCCUUGAGUUUGGGAGUUCCAAUGGUGGCAAUGCCAUGUUGGUCCGACCAAAGCACGAACGCAAAAUUUGUGAGUGACAUAUGGAAAACAGGAAUCAGGACUCGGGCUGAUGACAAAGAGAUUGCUCGAGAUACAGAAAUUAUGCGGUGUGUAGAACUUGUGAUGGACGGAGAUGAAGGGAAAGAAAUUCGAUCAAAUGCAAUCAAAUGGAAGGAAAUGGCAAGAGAAGCGGUAGACGAAGGAGGGAGCUCAGAUAGAAACAUAGAAGAAUUUGUUUCUGCAUUGGUGAAUCCUAUCAAUCAUAGUAUUGCACUCUGCUCGUUAAAAUUUGGUACAUCGGAUUAAACUGGACUUGAUUAAAGAAAUUAAAAUCUCAGUUGUUGUAACAUGUUGAAUAACUAGCACGCUUACUUCCUUUCCCGUGUUAUUUUUCUAUGAAUGUCAUUUCUCUUUACUACUCGCUUUUGUGUAGAUAAACACAAAAGAAUUGUAAUAUAUGAAAGUAACUAUCCCAAUAAAAUCAUUCUUAACCAUA